GACAAAUCUGCCUCGUAAUUAUUACCAACCCCUAUGAGACCAAAGUCCGACUGCCGAGAGAUGCUUGAGAGGCCAUCUGGUCGGAAAAUUUGCUCAAGAGCGCCCGAUCCCAACCAUCAGGAUUCAGCCCAGAUUAGCGCCGGCACCGUGGCCAUUAUUAAACAGAGCCUCGAUUUCUGGAUCGCGCCCUACCGAUGCGACCAUCGAUCGUUGCUUCAAGCAACGGCCAGCAAGCAUGCCAUCGUCAUUGGCUUCCGUAGCCAGAUUGUGGCCCGUGUGGGCUGAGAGUGUCCCGAAAUCUGAAGGAGGAGCCAAAAGCCCAUUAUUAUUAUUAAUAACAAACUAAGCACGGGGAACAGGGUUUGGUAAGAUCCUGUCGAAGCUACGAAACAAGACCACAGAGAAGUCAUGGAUAUGUGGGGGGCGUUCCACUUCGCUCUGGUUGUUCCUCACUCCGUAUCGGAUGAUAGUUCGUUUAAAAUAUUUACUGAGACAAAUGAUGACACCUGAAAAACUGAACAACGGUGAAGAAAAAAAAGGGAAAAAAAAAAAAAAAAAAACAAA